CGUUUGUUCUCCAACAGUUUCAUCGUCGUCGUCUUCAUCGUUGCUUGAUUCUACAGAUUUCUCUGUUCAAGUUCACGUGUUGACAUGAAAGGAGCUGGUAAGUUUGAAGGGAGCUCAAGUAAGAUAGUUUUUGAGGAUAGUGAAGAAGAUGAAGAUCUUUCGUGUUCAUCUGUGUCUUCUUCAGAUGAGGAAGAAGAAACAGAAAAAGAAUUAACCUUUGAGGAGAUACAUAAAUUACGAGCUGAUGGGUCUAAAGCUGUUCCAUGGAAACCAAAUCAAGUGAAGAAAACAGGUCGUGCUAACAAAAACAGACCAAUGGAGUUGAGUUCUAAGAAACCUGUGAGUCGUUAUAGAGAGGUAGUUCAAGUUCCAAAGAAGGAGGUUCGUGAUCCUCGCUUCAAUCAAUUGGGUGGAACACUUGACGUCGAGGGGUUCAGGAAGCGAUACAAUUUCUUUUUUGAGGACAAACUUCCUGUGGAAAGAGAGGAAUUGAAAAAGAAGCUAAAGAAAACAAAGAAUCCAGAAGAGGUCAAUGAGUUGAAGAACCAGCUAACUUACGUUGAGAAAAUGUUGAAAUAUGAGCCAUCAACAAAGAACAAAGGAGCAGCAAUACUAACAGAACACAAAAAGAAAGAACGAGAAGCCGCAAAAGAAGGGAAAAGGCCUUACUAUCUCAAAAAAUCGGAAAUCCGAAAGCAAACACUCAUCGAAAAGUACAACAGUCUCAAGGAAUCUGGGAAGCUUACAUCGUAUCUUGACAAACGGAGAAAGAAGAAUGCAACAAAGGAUCAUAGGUUUAUGCCCUAUCGUCGAACAGAGGAAUAGUGAGAAGCAGUUUUGCUUUAAGAACGAUCUCUUACCUUGGUCCAUGACAGUUUUUGUUGCAGUCUAUGUGAUGUAGUACUAAAAUUUAUGCUUGAGA